CUGCUCUGUUCCAAGGACCACACAAAGGAUCUGUUCAGUCCUCAGUGUAAGCUCAGAUUCCCCUGUAGUCUUCCACCGGGUUGCCAAGGUUACCAAGUUUUCGGCGUCUCCCAAGAGUACUCACAUCUCAGAAACUCCAUGAGUUCUCUCACACACCCUCAGUUUUUUUUUUUUUUUUUUCACAGUCACAGUUCAUAAGCUCCCACACAUUCACUAGGUCCUAACCUCCUUUUAUUUCUCCCCACCAGAGUCAGCACAGCUUUUACGUAUGUCCAAAAUGGUGCCUGCUCUUUGUCUUGCUCACCUUUGUAAGGUGAUGACAGCAUUUGAAGACCUGGCUGUGUACUUUACGUGGGAGGAAUGGCAGAAAAUGAACAAUGCUCAGAAAAUUCUGUACAGAGAUGUGAUGCUGGAGACCUACAGCAGCCUCUUCUCCUUGGGGCACUGCAUUACCAAACCUGACUUAAUCUUCAAGUUGGAGCAAGGAGCAGAGCCAUGGAUGGUGGACGAAUGCUUGAAUGAGAGCCUUCCAGUGGGCAUGAAAAGGGAUGACCUGAUUAGGAUCAACCAGGAAAGUCAGGACAACAAUCUGAAUCAGGAUUUUAUGAAAAAUAAGAAGACAUCAGCUCUCAAGAGAGUUGAAUUAAGAAAAACACUUAGUUUAAAUUCAAACCAUAUUCCAACACUGAUUAUUGAAAAGGGAAUCUAUUCAGGAUUGAAGCCUGAGGAAUGCAAUAAAUGUCACACUGUGUAUCCCCCCAGUGGGCCUGAUCAACUACAGGGUGAAGAGAAAUUUGAUAACACUAAGAUACCUGGAAAAACCUCUCCAGUUCUGUGAGCCUCUUGGUCAGCAUGACAAGAUUCACAUCAUGAAGCAGCCAUUUGGACCCACUGGACAAGCAAAAGUCUUCACAAGAAAGAUGUUCUGUAAAUCUGAGAGGGUUCAUAUGGCAGAAAACUGUAAUAAAUCAACUGUCACUUUUGGAAAAGCAACUCAAAUAGAAAAGGCUAUCUAUGGAAAUUCUAGCCUCAGUAUGCAUCAACAAACUCACACAAGAAAGAAAUUUUAUAAGUACAUUAUGUAUGUUGAACCUGUCAUUCACCAGUCACAUCUUACAAUAAACCAGAGACUAAAUACAAGGGAAAAACUUUACACAUGUAAACCUUGUGGAAAAUCACUCAGUUUUAAUUCACCUUCUGAAUGUAAUGACUGUGAAAAAGCCUUUGGACAAAAGUCAGACCUCAAAAUACAUCAGCGAAUUCACACAGGGGAGAAACCUCAUGAAUGUAGUGACUGUGGAAAAGCCUUUGGAUGAA